AUGGCAACCAAUGAAACCCUAGGUAAGAGUGCUAUGAAGACACUGCCCUGUAACGGUCGCAGUUGUCCUACGUGUAACAAAUGCUGCGAUUGGCGUUUUACUGGCGACGCAGAUACUUGGAACUGGAUGCGUAAUUAUUCGAACUGGGUUAACGACGAUUGGCAACGCUGGCGUCGUAAUCGUAUGUGGAAACUUUAUAAGCUCAAGGAUGGAGCAACAUGCACUAGUACCAGCCGUGGUCCUGGCAACACGUACGAUGAUCCCGUAUUUGGUGGUCAUCAUACAGUUCAUAAUGUUAGUUUUGCUCCUGGUCUUAGUAUCAAGGCUAGUCAUGAUUUCAUCUUUGUUGGCGAUCAGAUCUCUAGUGGAAAUCAGAUUACUUCUUCGAUCGGCGAUAUGUGUGUUUGUGAGAACAAAUAA